CUAGCUCUGGCUCCGGUAAGCUCAGUUCCGUCUCGGCAGUUCAACCAUCGUGUCAACACCGAAUAGCUCCUCCCCAACAUGCGACACCUCACCUACAUCGUCUCUCUCGCAGGACUCCUCGGCAUUGCUGGGCUAGGCGACUCCAGCCAGACGACGGCACACACAAGUAUUCAGACUCUGAUGCUGACGACCUACGAAGGGAAGGAGGCGGAAUACAUAGACAUGAAGGCCUACAAUAUCGAUUACUGCCUCCACCCUCCCAACACCACCCCCUCUACGCCCCUUCGCUACUACAUAGACGGGGAGUUAGUCUUCGAGUGCAACACCAACGAGACUGCUGAGUGCAAAGCUUAUGGCUUACUGAAGGGUAACGUAAAACACCCCAAAUCGAAGAACAAGACCUGCCCCUUCCUGCAGUUCUUCAAGGUGCCCCUAAACCUCCUUAACCGCCACUACAUUUGCUGCACACCCAACGACACCUUCUACCGCUACUUGCAGACAGGUACAGACAAGAGCCCUGCCCCCUCCCUUCCAAAAGAGUUCCAGCAGCUCUGUGGCCACCAGAAAGAGAACAAAACAGAGGCUGUCCAUGAUGGAGCAAGUACAGAAGAAGAGAACAAAACAACAAUAAUUACAAUCGGCUCAGUGCUGGUGGUGGUGGUGGUGGCGGUAGUGGUGGUGGUGGUAGUGGUGGUGGCUCUUAAAAGGAGAGUUUGUACAUCAAGAGGUAUGACAAAACAUCCAGAACCAAACAAUAACCUGCAUGCUGUGGAAGAGGGAAUGACUCCUACAGGAGAAGCAACUCAAAACGGAAGAGCAAAUCAACAGCUUGAAGACCAAGAAAAUGAACCCCUGUCUUCAGACCUGAACUGCUGA